AUGGCCGAAACAACGACAAAGUAUACGCAAUCGGGAUGUGUGGGGGGAGAUCUCGGACCACACGAUUGUCACAGCUGCCUCAAUGAUUCCAGAGUCAUUCUCCCUCAGAUUUGUCAAACCAAAGAAGCUAUCGGGUGGUACGAUUACUGCAUGCUGAGAUACUCGAACCGCUCCAUAUUUGGCACAGUUGAGAUUUCUCCUGACUUUUAUAUGUGGAACGCAUUUUCUAUCCCUGCAACAGAGAUAGACCAGUACACCAUAGCACUGAGAAACUUGAUGGACAAGCUAAGAACCAUGGCGUCGGCAGGUGACUCUUAUCGCAAGUUUUCUUUUCUUUCAGUGAAUAUAAGUGGUGGAAGUUUUCAAAAUAUAUAUGGCCUUGCGCAGUGUACGCCUGAUUUGUCCAGCCUACAGUGUGACUAUUGCUUGGCUGGGGCUUUCUUAGAAACCCCAAAUUGUUGUAAUGGAAAGAGGGGUGGCAGGGUGAUCAAACCUAGUUGUAACGUUAGAUAUGAAGUCUACUCGUUCUUCAACUAUACUGUAGAUGCACCGAAACCAUUAUCAGAAGAUCGUACACAUGUACUUAGUCCCCUUUUUCGCCUUACUUGCUUGUUAUGUGUUCGAUGGCUAAAUCUCUAA